AUGGAUCUGAAACACCUCACAACUGCAGACCAGGUUGAUCAAUUCUUCCUUAAUGAAGUUGAUUUCCAGCUAAUCGAGCUUCGUCAGUGGACUGAACUCGAUGGACCUCAAUCUGUGGAUAUCCAUGGACCGGAAGAGACGAUCGAUUUGCUCAAAGAAAUACUGGAUACACAACUGCGCCAGAUUCAAACGGACCACGAACGACAAAUCGCGGACCUCGUCCGCUCGGCGCACACAUCCAACCCAGUACGUUUUGUUUACCAAGAUCGACCGCAGUACUUGCUCUGUCUAACCAGUCCGUAUUUCGAUCGGGCACAAAUACAGUGGUACGGUCUGUUAAACAUCAGUGGUCAAUGGCAUCCGAUUGCUCCGUUGGAAUCGUUCACUAGGGUCUUGGCCACAGGGCAGAAGAAUUUUAUCCUCGCCUCCAUGAUCCAAUUAGUGUCCACGAACAGCGAACGUACACCGCUUCGUUGGACUGCCAUCAAGUGUGUGAACAAAGCGGACAGUUCGACGGACUAUCCGGACGGGCCUGUGGAUGUCACCAGUUUGGAUUCGAAAAAGCCGGCGAUGAAGUUGAUCGACUUGAAGAGUUAUGCCGCUGUGGCGAAGCUGUCUGUGGAAAAAGACGACCAGUCCACUGUGAUAUCCAAUACAGCCACGCACCUCGGUCCGGAUGGAAUGAUUCGAUCCAGUCUGAAUAUCCAGUUGACACGGGAACGAAACGGACGAUUCUACAGCUUGUUGCGGGCCACAGACCCAGCAGUCAUCUCCGGGGUUAUGACUCGGUUGGAAAAUGAGAAACGGUCCGAUCAGCUACCCGGUGGCCGAGUGGGUAGAAUGCUUGCCUUCUGCCCAUGA